CCAAGACAUUCUCCAUCCUGCAUCACUGCUGUCACUGUGCUGUGCUCCUCAUGGUCCCAGGCUGUCGCUGGCUGCUCUCCCCGGUCUGUGUGACUGGCUGCCAUCAUUUGAUUGUCUCCCCGUAAUGAUCAAUUAUCCGCUGUAAUCCAUAGGACUGAGUUUGCUGUGUUACUACUAUGAUAAGCAGUGUGCUUGCCAUUGCAAGUCUCUCACGGAAAACAAGUCCUUUCUAUCUCUGUCUGUCCCUCUCUCAUCCUUUCUGUCUGUAUCUCUUGCUCGCUCUCUUUCUCUCUCUGUCUUUCUCCUCCUCUCUCUUUUCUUGUUGUUCCGAGAGGAACCCGGUCCAGUAGACAGAUGGGUUCAGAGUGGAGAUGAAGCCCGCCAGGUGUAGAGCUCCACGGCCGACUGAGACACAGAGGAGACUGGCAGCACGCUCCAAGAGCAUGGUGAUGGGGGAACUGUCCCGGAUCUCCAGGCCCUGUUCCCCUCCAGAUCAACAGAGGGCACUGAAGGCCGGUUGGCUGAAAAGGCAGCGCUCCAUCAUGAAGAACUGGCAGCUGCGCUGGUUCGUCCUGAGCAGCCAGGCACUUUUCUUCUACAAGGACCAGGAAGAGGCCAAGGCUCAGGGCUGUAUCCCUCUCCAAGGUAGUCAGGUUAACGAACUUCCAGCCAAUCAGGAUGAACCUGGUCGCCACCUGUUUGAGAUUAUUCCAGGAGGUGCUGGAGAGAAGGAUCGUUCAGGGCUGAGCCAUGAGUCUUUUCUGUUGAUGGCUAACUCCCACAGUGACAUGGAGGACUGGGUCAGAGCUAUACGCAGAGCCAUAUGGACCACUCUGGGGGGAGGUGUGUUUGGCCAGCACCUGGAGGAGACCAUGCUGUGCGAGGCCCAGUGUUCUCCCCAGCGCAGGGUCCCGGUCCUGGUGGAGCAGUGUGUGUGUUUCAUCCUCCAACAGGGGCUUGGGGAGGAGGGACUAUUCAGGGCCCCGGGACAGACCAAUCUGGUGCGAGAACUGCAGGACGCUUUUGACAGGGGAGAGAAGCCUCAGUUCGACAGUUCCACAGAUGUCCACACAGUGGCGUCGCUGCUCAAGUUGUACUUGAGGGAGCUGCCUGAGCCUGUGAUCCCAUUCACCAAAUACACCCAGUUCCUUUCCUGCGCCCAGCUGCUCACCAAGGACUACGAGAUGGGGAUCCAGGAGCUGGUGAAACAGGUCAAGGCUCUUCCUCAGGUCAACUACAACCUCCUCAAGUACAUCUGCAAGUUUCUGGAUGAGGUCCAGACCCACUCCAAUGAGAACAAGAUGAGUGUUCAGAACCUGGCCACCGUGUUCGGACCCAACAUUCUUCGGCCCAGAGUGGAGGACCCUGUCACCAUGAUGGAGGGCAGCUCCCAGAUACAGCACCUGAUGACCCUACUGAUCAGCCAGCACUCUCAGCUGUAUGAGAGGGAAGGGCCCGAGGACGAGACCAAGACCCCAACACCACCCCCGCAGGCCCCUGGUCAGCGUGCCAUGGUGGGUUGGGUCUCCCACGAGGAAGUGAGAGCUCCCUGUCCCUCCUCUGAGUCCAGCUCCAGACCCCUAAAGGAGGCCCUCCAGCUGGCCCCCCCGGCCCCCAGCACCCCCUCCCUGGACGCUAAAGCCCCUGUGCCAGCCUCCUCGGGACAGGCAGAGGGGCCAGCAGAAGACCUCCAGGCAGAAGGGAGGGAGAAGACGAAAGCAGAAGGGAAGACAGUCAGAAGGGCGGAUGGAAAGAGCGAGGGAAAGUGUGAAGGAGGAGCAGCCCUUAGCCCUAGUAAGCAGUCCAAACCUCUGCCCUCCUGGAGGUGCUCCUUGAAGGGGGGGGCAGGGGCCACAUUGGGGGUGAGCAAAGGGAAGAUGGGGGGGUCCGCCGGGGACAUGUCGUCAGUUGCCACGGGCAACUGGCUGAUGAAUGGCCUGUCGUCACUACGCAGCCAUAGACGGACUGCCUCCUCAGGAGAGAGACUGAAAGACUCCUCCCUCUGCCUCAAAGACUCCACCCUUUCCCUCAAAGAGGUCUCACACUCACUAAAAGACUCUCAACAACACUCGCUGGAAGACUCUCCCUGUUCUCUCGUAAAGCCCUCCCAGUCCCACAAAAGCUCUGCCCACUCUCACAGACUCUCCGCCUAUGACAACGUCACAGCCACACCCUCCAGUCUAAGCAUGCCUGUCGAGAGCUCCAACUCCUCCACCUGGACAUCCUGUGAGAUCUCAUUGGCUGAAUCGACAGGAAGUGACCGAGCCACUAGGGGUCCGGAGUCGGGGCAGGGUCAGAGUUGGCGGUCGGAGGCUGGGGACAGCAGCGAGGUUCUGGACCAGUCUGUGAGCAGCACGGGCUGCGGCCGAUCUGACCCUGAGGAUGACCUCAGCAGGGGUCAAGGGUCAGGGGUGAACGAGAGCCUGACAAACCUGGUGUCAGAGCUGAAACAGGAGCUGAAGAGACAGAGGAUAGCCUAUGAGACGCGUAUUCGCAAGUUGGAAGAGGGGUGUUCUGUGGCCCAGGAUCAGAUGAGCCGCUUGGAGGAGGACCUGGACCAAGAGAAGAAGAGGUUCUGUAUGCUGGAGAUCCGCCUGAAGAAUUCGGAGAGGGCGCGCCAGGAUGCGGAGAACCGCAACGUUCACCUGCAGAAGGAGAUGGAGGAGUUCUUCACCACACUUGGGGACCUGACGACGGGAGCACCACGUACCACAUAGACCUGGACAUGACCCUGAACUGACCCUUGGCCCUGUCAAUCAAGCUGAUAAAAGACCAGCUGGACUAACGCUCCCUUGCCUAUCAUAUGGCAGCCGAACACUUCCAACCUAUCAUAUGGCAGCAGAACACCUCCUAGCCCAAAAUAGGACAGCAGAACACCUCCCAGCCUAUCAUAGAGCAGCUGCACUCAUCCCAGCCUAUCAUUGGGGAACUGUUCCCUAGCCUUGACUGCACUGGAGAGCUUUGUGCAGCUCCAAGUGAACAGCUCUGGAUACCAAAGAGCUUGUUUCAUGGAAAAUCAUCUGUGCUGCCUAUCAUAUUACAAUGUUGGUGUUGGUGGUCACAGGGUCAACCCUUGUCUAGCAUGGCUGCGGCCUUCCUACAUGUCAACCUCUAGCUUGUUUGACUUAGGAGACCAUCUGGGGCACUGCUCCAGUCCCUUUACCCAAAUGGAAAUAUUGUAGAUGGAAACUGUAGUCAUUAUAUUUCAUUCAGACCGUCAGUUAUAUACUUAUUUAUCUGACAGAUACUGUAUGUGCAUCAGGUUCAGUAUUCCCAUGGUUACUUGCACUGGCCCAUGUAUAAUCCCUUGUUCACUCCUUCACUUGCUUUAUAAUAAAUGUAUAAUAAUAAAUGAUGUGAAGUGAAGACGAAACACAAACAACCCUCAAACAACGUAAAACAAAUUCAACCCUUUAUUGUCAGGAGUUGCAGGUUGACAUUGUCCUUGUACACUUUAUACAACUGGUCUGGAAUCAGGCCAUGUUCGGAUCCAAAGGCUAAAACACACUACUGGCCUUCACCAGACGAACAGCACAAGACCUGGGGGGUGUUCCAGAAAGCAGGUUAUGUGACAUAUCGGGGUAAGUUAACUCCCCAGUUGA